AUGCCUAGAGGAAGGGACAGAUUAACCACAAGGCCUAAACGGACAACUAGAUCAUCUCCAAUAUCUCAUGGUGAUGUAACUGAGGGAAGACCUGUAAUACAUCCAGUUGCUGGUUCAGAAUGCCAGAAUGUGAGCUUGAUUCGGGAAUUUAAAGCAUUGAAUCCUCCAAGCUUUCGGGGUGGCCCUAAUUUUCUUGAAGCUGAGAAUUGGAUGAAAGAAAUAAAGAAAAUACUGGAUGUAAUGGCAGUGCCUGAGGAAAGGAGAGUUUCUUUAGCUUCCUUCAUGUUGAGGGAUGAAGCAGACAACUGGUGCGAUAUGAUCAAGACUACUCAGGAUGUAACUAAAAUGGUUUGGAUGCAAUUUGAGGAGCUGCUUUUAUCUAAUUACUUUCCAGAGGCCGUUAGAAGACAGAAGAGAGCUGAAUUUAUACACUUGGUUCAAAGGAACAUGACAGUGACUGAAUAUGCAGCAAAAUUUACACAACUAUCUAGAUAUGCUCCAAAUGUGGUUGCAGAUGAACAAAUGCGAGCUGAACAAUUCCAAGAGGGGUUGAGAUUGAACAUUAGAGCACAGGUUGCUCCUUUCAUGCUUCGUACUUACAGUGAGGUUGUGGCAAGGGCUCUUGUUAUAGAAAGGGAAAUGGAGGAAGCUCAAAGGUUGAGAAGCAAAAAUUCUAGGUUUGGUGGUUCAGAAAAACGAGAACAGGAUUUCAAGCGCCUGAAAAUGACUCAUCCCCAACAACAACCCAGAAAACAAGAGCAGUAUAGUGGGGCUACAGAUUCAGCUAAGGGACCAAGGAGAUGUUAUGAAUGUGGUGAGGUGGGACAUCUGAGGAGAGAGUGCCCAAAAUUUCAACGACUUGCAUUCCAGCCAUCUCAACGACAGUUUCAGCAGAUGAACCCACAAAUUCAAGGAAGGCAACCUCAAGGGGAAGGAAACUUUAGACAAGGGAAGCCUGGAGGGAAGCCAGAGCAAGCACAACAAGGGAGAUUUUAUGCAAUAGGGUCACAAAAUGCAGAGUCAAAUGCCUUGGUGGAAGGUAUGCUCUUAUGUUUUAGCACUUGGGCACAUGUUUUAUUUGAUCCAGGAGCUACCCACUCUUUUAUUUCUGCAUCAUUUGCCUCCAUGCUAGACAUAGAAUUUGUUCCUCUACAUUGUUCAUUAUGUGUUGAGACUCCUAUGGGUGGUAAGGUGGAAACCAAGUGGGUAUGUCAUGCUUGUGUACUUUAUAUUGGGGGUCUUGAAGUUACAAUGGAUCUGGUUCUUCUUGAUAUUUCAUCGUUUGAUGUAAUUGUGGGGAUGGAUUGGCUUGCCCGACAUCAUGCUGUGUUAGAUUGUUAUUUGAAGAAAGUAACAUUCCAAACCUCUUCUGGUUCAUAUAUGAGUUUCUAUGGUGAUAGAAGGCUUACAUUCAUUCCUCUAAUUCGAAACCUGGAUGACAAGUGGUCAAGAAAGGAUGGCAGACACUAUUUUCUUUUUAAUCUGAAGGGAGAAGGCAAAAAGAUGACAACUAUAGAUUGUAUUCCAAUGGUUUGUGAAUUUGCUGAUGUUUUUCCUAAAGAAUUGCCAUGUUUACCUCCUCACAGAGAGAUGGAUUUUUCUAUUAAAUUGUAUCCAGGUACAGAUCCAAUAUCAAUAGCUCCAUAUAGGAUGGCUCCAGUUGAACUUAAGGAAUUGAACAUUCAGUUGCAGGAGUUGCAAACUAAAGGGUUUAUUCGGCCUAGUACCUCACCUUGGGGUGCUCCAGUAUUGUUUGUAAAGAAGAAGGAUGGAUCCUUGCGGUUAUGUGUGGAUUACAGAAAAUUGAACAGAGUUAUAGUGAAAAACAAAUAUCCGCUACCUCGGAUUGAUGACUUAUUUGACCAGUUAUGUGGGGCUUGCUAUUUUUCAAAGAUUGAUUUAAGAUCUGGUUAUCAUCAGUUGAGGAUACGAGAAACAGAUAUUCCAAAGACUACAUUUCGUACAAGGUAUGGGCAUUAUGAAUUUGUGGUCAUGCCGUUUGGGUUAACUAAUGCUCCAGCUGCAUUCAUGGACAUGAUGAAUCGUAUCUAUCGGCCUUAUUUGGAUCAUUUUGUGGAUGAUAUUUUGAUAUAUUCUAAGAGUAGAGAAGAGCACGGUCACCAUUUGCAUAUGGCACUUCAAACACUUAGAGAAAACCAGUUAUAUGCCAAAUUGGAGAAAUGUGACUUUUGGCUGCAGGAAAUUCAAUUUUUGGGGCAUAUGGUUUCUCAAGAGGGUAUCUCAGUGGAUCCAACAAAAGUGGAAGCUGUGACAAAGUGGGAAAGACCCAAGUGGAAGUUGAUACAAUGCUUAGUUUGGUUAAUCUUUUGA